GUACAAUACAUGACAACCGCUGAACACCACUCGAACACCAUUUGCGUUUGACGGUGUUGAUGGUGUGUACAGCGUGUUCACAUUGGUUUAAAGUCAGGACGCAAAGGUGCGCGCGGUCGCAGUUUGUUACAACUCGCCCGCUUCGACACAUUCAGUUAUCAUCGACCGCGGACGAGGCGCAUGUUAAGACGACUCAACCAACUAGACUUAAACAAAAUAAACGCACGUUGUUGAUUUUUAUCGAUAAUAAGUAAUUUUUAAUAUUCAAGUGAUAUUGACAGUCGUUGUGGAGAUGAAUACACAAUUUACAAACUGGAUCAAAAAUAAAUAAAUGAAUUAACACGUUAUUAAAUAAAAUUUAAUCGGAAGAUACUUUGUUGUGUAUUGUUUAAUUGUAUAACUACCAACGUUAAAAAUAAGAUUUUGUGAUAAAUAAUAAAAUAAAAUGGAGUCAAAGGUAAAGCAACCUGUGAGUAAUAAUGACACCACAAAGAAUUCGUGGUUGUCUUUAAAUCCUCGAUCAUUACCAGAUGUUGAAAAUGGAGCUAAUGGUAAAUACUGGAAAACUAAAGAUGGGCUCGAAUUGAAUGGUACAGUGGAGAAACAAGAAAAACCAAUGUCACAUAUGACGGAAGUUGAGCAUCCUACAUCUUACGGUGAAACGUUAAUGCAUCUAUUCAAAGGCAACUUAGGUUCCGGUCUGUUUGCAAUGGGUGACGCCAUGAAGAAUGGCGGAAUAGUGUUAGGACCUGCUGCAAUUAUCUUCCUAGGACUUAUCUGUACUCAUUGUCAACAUUUACUGCUGACUGCGUCGACAAAAAUUGCCCAGAAGACCGGAGUUAAAGUUUUACCCGAUUUUGCUACCACCGUGGAACUGUGUUUUGAAAAUGGACCUCCUGCUACUCAGAGACUGGCAAAGCCGAUGCGGAAGUUGGUCAAGUUAUUUUUAUGUGUCACUCAGUUGGGCUUCUGUUGUGUUUACUUCGUAUUUGUUUCGAGUAAUUUUAAACAGUUGGCUGAUUAUUAUGGCUUUGAAAUUGAUAUCCAUAUCCAUAUGGCAUUAAUUCUUGGCCCAAUCAUAUUAACCUGCCUUGUGCGCAAUCUGAAGUAUUUGGCACCUCUAUCAGCAAUUGCAAAUAUCUUCAUGGCUGUUGGUCUAGUCAUCACGUUCUACUAUAUAUCGCAAGACCUUCCUGCAUUCAGUGAACGUGACUAUGUUGGUACAGCUAGCAAUUUCCCGUUGUUUUUCGGAACCGCGCUCUUUGCCUUUGAAGGAAUCGGUUUGGUCCUGCCAUUGAGAAAUGAAAUGAAAAAACCUGACACCUUCCAGAAAACGUUUGGCGUACUCAAUGUUGGCAUGGUUUUCGUCACUAUUGCUUUCACAUGUCUAGGUAUUGUGUCGUAUCUGAAAUUCGGUGACGAUAUCCAAGGAAGUGUCACCCUUAAUUUACCUGAAGAUGAAAUUUUGGGUCAGUCUGUAAAGAUUCUCAUCGCCCUUGCAAUUUUGAUGUCUUAUGCAUUGCAAUUCUAUAUCGCCAUCGAAAUUAUGUGGGGCCAAGUUGAAAAAACGCACCCGGCUAUGAAACAUCCAAUUUUCUAUGAGUUAGCAUUCAGGACUCUUUUUGUUUUAAUCACUUUUGUUUUGGCUGAAGCCAUCCCGUAUUUGAAUCUUUUCAUUUCUUUGAUUGGUGCCAUCAGCAGUACGGCUUUAGCGCUUCUUAUCCCCCCGCUAUUGGAAAUCACCACAUCAGAUAAAUCUGCUUUUAAAAUAAUGAAGAAUAUAUUUAUUAUUAUAAUCGGUGUGAUUGGUUGCAUAACCGGCACAUAUGAAAGUAUAGCAGCCAUUGUAAAAGCCUUCCAGGAGGAUAAUUGAAACCCCACGUCAAAGCGUAUAAUGUCUAACUAAUUGUGUGGCGUUGCGGUAACAUCAUAAACAUUGCAAAAAGAACAAACGCACAAAUUUAAACACGCUGUGAUAUGAUACCCAUUUGCUAUUUACCGCAGUAUUCUCUUCAUCGUAUUAAUUUAUUCUCGGCUUAACGAAAUAACGGACAAAUAUAUUUAAGUUGAACCUAGCAAAUCAUUUUAAGACAAACAAUAAUGACGCCCUUUAUUCUUUUACAACGACUUAACGAGUAAUUCUAGUAUUUUAGCCGCGUUUUUCUCAGUUACCUAACUUUUAUCAAAACCAAAAACCAUGUACAUACAAUGAUACAAUAUCCAUCAAACAAAUGAAGCAGUGCCUUUUAGAAUAGAGAAAUUAAGCUUGCGAGCCGUGCUCGAGUUUUACCUAUAUGUAUAAACAAAUUAAUAUCUGAUAGUUAAAAAAAUGUAACACAUGCAUGUGAUUAUUUAACCGAUAAACUCUGUGAGAUUUUUAAUUAUGUUCAAGAAUAAUUUAAGUAAUUAGUAUGUAAGGAUAGUGUUAACGAAAGAAAUAAAAAAUUAUAAUACGAAAAUACUAUAUAACAAUAAUGGACUACAGUCAAAUUGAUACUUUAAACAACUAUUAUAUUUUUUAUUUAAAAGUU